CAAAAGCCGAUUUGGACGGACACUACCAUCAGAACUGUGUAGAAAAAAUCUCAGAUUGCAUCUGUUGAAUUUCAUCCGCCUCGCUCGUUCAGUCUCUACCUUUACCAAAAAGAAUCAAAGUAGAGUUUUGUUACAAAUGGCUGAAAUGAAAUCAGCUAUGAGGAAGCCGAUUUUCACUAAGGUUGAUCAGAUGCGACCGGGAACUAACGGCCACAACCUUGUCGUUAAGGUUGUUAGCUCGAAGAUGGUGUUGCAGAAGGGCAGACCAGAUGGGCCCCAAGUGCGUCAAAUGCGGAUUGCUGAAUGUUUGGUGGGAGAUGAAUCAGGGACCAUUCUAUUUACUGCUAGGAAUGAGCAAGUGGAUUUAAUGAAGCCUGGGUCUACUUUAAUCUUGCGGAAUGCUAAAAUUGACAUGUUUAAGGGGUCAAUGAGGCUUGCAGUGGACAAAUGGGGUCGCAUGGAAGAGGCAGAGCCAACCACCUUCACCGUCAAAGAAGAUAACAACCUUUCACUCGUUGAAUAUGAGUUAGUCAACGUGGUGGAGGAAUAAUGAGCUCCGGGUCUGAAUCCCUAGUGAGAUUUUUGGGGCCAACUCAACUGAAUCAGGCAAGAUAUGGAUUUGUGGGUGAGAAGUGAUGAUUAUGUUGUUUUUUUCUCCAGGUGCUCUUGUUUGUGUGAUGCUAAGGAUGUUUUGAUUUAGGAAGACAAAAUCUUGGAUUAAAUUCAGAAUGAAAGAAGUUUCAAUAUACCUCUGUGGCUACUACUGCAGCUGGCUGGUCUCAUCAAAUUAGAACCCUCUGCACCACAGUCAGAUGCAAUAAAUGGACUUUGCUCAUAUAUGCCAAGGCAUCAAAUGCUCCCAGCUUUGAGAUUAUAUUAUAUAUAUUAUAUAAAUAUAUAUAUGGAAAUAAUGGAGUAUAAAAUGGAUUGAGAGAGAUACUGGCAAUGUAGUUCCUUGGUGGUUUGAAUAAUAUGUAAUCUUUGCCAUAAAAGUAAUGGAUGCUUUCUGCAAUGUGUUUAUGAAGAUGUGUUUGAACUUUUUGUUCA